AUGACGUUACAAGAGUUAUUGAAUUACAAAUACCUGACAAAAGAACAACUGAAUGGCUUUGACAACUACAAAUACAGCGCGCGUGAUACCUCACCCCUGAGCGUAUAUGUAAUGCAUCCAUUCUGGAAUUGGACUGUCAAAUUCUUUCCCCGUUGGCUGGCACCAAACGUUAUGACCUUUCUUGGCUUCCUUUGUACAGUAGUAAAUCUGUUACUUCUAUCCUAUUAUGAUUGGAAUUUCUACGCCAGUUCUGGCUUACCGAAUACUACUCCCAUACCAUCUUGGGUGUGGUUAUGCUGUGCUGUAAAUAUAUUCUUGGCCUACACAUUAGAUGGCAUUGAUGGGAAACAAGCACGCCGCAUUGGUUUAUCUGGUCCGCUGGGUGAACUCUUCGAUCACGGUCUCGACUCGUAUACUGCAGUGCUGAUACCCACAUGUCUGUAUAGCAUUUUUGGCCGCAGUCUCGAGUACUCUGUGGCGCCUGUACGCAUGUACUACGUAUGCUGGAUGGUGUUCUUCAAUUUUUAUGUUUCUCACUGGGAAAAGUAUAAUACAGGUGUUCUGUAUUUACCGUGGGGUUACGAUUUGAGCAUGUGGGGUUCAACAGCUAUGUACCUGUUGACGUGGUGGUUCGGCUAUCAAUUUUGGCAACACACACUACCCAUGGGUAUCACGCUCGGACAUAUGAUGGAGUUCGUUUUGCACAUCAGCGCUAUGGCCAAUACACCGAUGGUGAUAAUUAAUGUGUACAACUCAUACGUACAGCGUACGGGCAAAAUGCGUUGCUUCAGUGAAGCAAUGCGUCCAUUAUGGCCACUUUUGGUAUUCCUUGUUAUAAUGAUGCUGUGGCCUUUCAUCUCACCGAAUGAUAUCAUGGAGAAAGAUCCACGUAUUAUGUUUUUGCUGAGUGGGACAAUAUUCUCGAAUAUCAGUUGCCGUCUGAUUGUGGCGCAAAUGUCCAAUACGCGUUGUGAUGUGUUUCAUUAUAUGAUGCCAAUAUUCUUGGUCUUCGUGGGCAUUGGCUUAUGGAUACCGCUACUCGAGCGUCUAAUGCUCUAUGUUCUAUUCGUCGUCACCACACUAACACACUGGCAUUACGGCACAAAUGUGGUGAACGAAAUGUGCGAGCAUUUCAAUCGCAUUUGCUUCAGCGUGAAUAAGCGGGAACCAGCCGUUCGAAAUGCCCAAGACGUACGUCUGCGUGACAUGGAGAAAACCGACUAAACAAUGCAACCAAACCAAAAAAAAGACAAGUGUGCUUAUGCAAAUGCAAAAAUAAAUCAUUUGCAGUUAGGCAAAAACAAAAGUAACAGGAGGCUCGAUAUAAACGUUUACCCUUUACUUAAUAAUUUACCGGUAAGAAAGUGUUUUCGAAGCAAGUUUAGCUUUAUUGAUUGGUCUCGGUAAAGUGCAGGUAUGUACAUAUGUACAUUGAAAUAUAUUAAUAUAUAUUUUUGCUACAUAGCGGUCUCUCAUAUUUUUGUGCAUUUACAAACCGUGCAAUGAAUUCGUG